GGGAGAUCUGACGAGUGAUCAGUCAGGCAGUGAAACCGAGUGGCGUCGUAAUAUGUUUGUAUUUUGGAAAGUUUACCGCUGAAAUACACCGAUAUACAAUGGCGUGACAGUUGAACCGUCCUUUUAGCUAGAGCUUUCACCUGGAGCUGAACCUUUCGCAUCCCUCCUCUGAUUGGACGGCUGGGGUUUAACUUCUCUGGAUGUCAUGGCAACAGUAUCCCUCCUGUGAUGGAUGUGAGUGAUGCGAGCGAGGAGUUUAAUGGAGAGAUGGAGUCCGCCGAUGACCUCGCGUCCUUCGAGGUGGUGAAUAUGUCGAACCCAGGUCUGCUGGACUUCAGCGCAGAUGUCCAGGGGUCGAAGGAGAAGACCAAACUCAAAAGCAAACUCAUGUCAGCAUGGCAUAACGUCAGAUAUAGAGGCUGGUCUCUGAAGAGUAAACCGCGGCUCAGUAAGAGCAGUCCUGUGUGUCUGCUUGGACAGUCCUAUCAGCUGAGCUCCACCGGGGUGCGGGAGAGUUUUCGGCGAGUGUUCUCCUCUCUGCUGUGGAUGAGCUAUAGGAGAGGAUUUCGGCCGCUGGACGGCUCCACGCUCUCGUCUGAUGCAGGAUGGGGCUGCAUGCUUCGCAGCGCACAGAUGCUGCUCGCCCAGGGGCUACUGCUGCACAUCAUGCCCAACGGCUGGACGUGGCCUGCGACGCAUAAUCAGACCAAAGAUGACCUGGAGGUGCUGGACGCUCACGGUUCCCUCAGACACUCGGGAAAGUCUCGCAGAUGCAGUUUAGGCUCUGCGUUAGACGGUGAGAGUCACGAGGAGCGGUCGCACCGGAGGAUCGUCUCUUGGUUUGGGGAUCUGCCAUCUGCUCCGUUUGGCCUGCAUCGGCUGGUGGAGCUAGGCAGGGCUUUUGGGAAACGGGCGGGUGACUGGUACGGACCCGCCAUCGCUGCUCACAUACUGCAGAAGGCCGUGUCGGCGUCAGAGUUGUCUGAUCUGGUGGUGUACGUGGCUCAGGACUGCACAGUGUACACUGGAGACGUCUUAAACCUGUGCAGGACCUCCCGCACAGAUGCGUCAUGGAGGAGCACGUCUGGCUGGAAGUCACUGGUUCUGCUGGUUCCAGUGCGUUUGGGCUCCGAUGGGUUGAAUCCUGUUUAUACUGGGUGUGUAAAGAGGCUGCUGGAGCUGCGCUGCUGUUUGGGAAUCAUCGGAGGAAAACCCAAACACUCACUCUACUUUUUGGGAUUCCAGAAUGAUCAGCUGAUCUAUUUGGAUCCUCAUUACUGUCAGUCUGCUGUGGACGUCCAGCAGGAUCACUUCCCUUUAGAG